AUGGCAAAUACUAGCUCCUGGAGAGGUUUCUGCACUGUCUACAUAAAUCUGGCACAGGGCUUGCAUCAAGAAGCGGCGAAAGCUGCAUCACACGAUACCCAAAACCGUCGCAACCAGCGGCUAGCUAUGCCGCGCCGAGACAUCGCGGUCCGUGACGAAAACAUCGCCGAGAAGGACGUCCUCAUCGCGCAGCAAGAAGACACCAUAAAGGCUCAACACGAAGAGUCGCUCAUCAAAUUGUAUGGAGAGGACAGGGAGAUGGUCAAGAAGAUCUAUAGAGAGGACAGAGAGGCGAGAGAGUCGCUAGUCAGGGCAACUAUUGAGGCGGUGGAUCGGGAACUGAGCGCGGCCAUCUAUGAUGGUGCUCUGAGCAGCGAUGGAGAGCCCAAUGACGAUGGAGAGGGUGUCAUAGCCGCUGAGAGAGACGAUGCAGUGCUUCAAGUCGUUGCUGGACAACAAGUCGAGCCACGCUACAUAUUGGGCGAGGCCAGUGGUCUCUCGCACUGUUUUCAUGUGACCCCAAGAAGGUCGUAUGAGGAUGGGUGCCGGUACUGCUGGAGUAAGGAGACGAUCUCACAGAUACUAAGUAGGGGGCAUGGUAUUAGGGGCCAGUAG